AUGUCUUCCUGUAAGCGCAGCGCUAGCUUCAAUGGUUUAUCGCUGUGGCUAUAUGUACUCGGUCUUAGGUCGCUGAAGGAAGUCCUUGAUAUCAAGACUGGUGGCAAUGCUGUGCGACUUUGGUGGUUGGUAGCCGAUGGUUAUGUUGUAGAAGUCGAAGCCAGCAAACGCGUAGCAGAAAGCCAUCACAUGAAAAUGAAUGAAUCUAGCAAACCUCAUCCAAUAAUUAUGAGUAGCCGAAAACGCCCGGAGCCGUUAUUUCCCGAUCAUAUGUAUCGGAAACGAGAGUGA